GCGUACACUACCACUGGGAAAUUCCUAAAGACAAAUAUAAAAUCAAAUCAAAGGGUCACGAUGGAGCACGUGCCAUUCCCGGGCCCGUUCUCGCCGCCGGGACACUUUGGCGGCCGUUCGCCCUUCAUCAAUCCGAUGUGCGGCCACUGGUCAUGUCCGCUGACCGUAUCACAUCACCACUGCAGCCAGUGCGGCUACGGCAGCGCCGAGAUGAGCCAGCUGAGGGUGCACUCGUGCCGGCGACCCUACGGCGUGGACCUGCCGCCCCCUCCUCCGCCGCCGCCGCCGCCGCCGCCCACGUUCUACCAGCCGGGGCCGCCCUCGGGCUACUACCGACCACCGCCAGAUGACAGGGGUAGGAUAGCCUGGUUAUGCCUCUGUACUGGGGACUGGUCUUCUGGUCUAUCUGGGGGACUAGACCUGGCUGCUGCCGACUGCCCUCUUCACAACGGCGACCAGUCGCAGUCACAAGACCAGAUGUGGGCGACGGCGGCAGUGGUGGUCACGAUGCGCACGCGGGCUGUGUCUGCGCACGCCCAGCUGCGCGGCUGGCUGCAGCGGCUACCGAUGCGUCUACCGGCUACCGAUGCGGCUACCAAUGCGUCUGUAGAACGUUCGCGGACACCGGAAUCCUGAGACUGGCUCUCGAAGCUCGCUACGUUGGGGACUUGGGAGGACGUGAUGGACUUCGCUACUAGGGGGGAGGGGGGCAGGACCUCGGCUUGAUUGGCUGGUGGGGUAAUGAUACAUUUGGACGGAUGUGUGGGCUUGACCUACCACCUGAGUCUGCCCAGCUGUCACCUCACGCACAUGCCGUCUCUCGCGCGUGUUUCGGAUCGUUCUGGAAGUCGUUGCCUAUUCUGUGCGGGCCAGGAGAGGAAACGUCUAGAUACAUGAAAGAUAGCUCGGUAGUUGCCAAGGACGUGGCGUGGGAGAAAAUGACAUGUCCAGAUGACAUCCGCGCUGCAGUUGCAUUUAAAAAAUAAUGUGGAUGUCGUCUGUGGACACCGAUAGCGGCCCGGUGCGCCGGCGGCGUCACUGCGAUGUGGAAACCAGGCAGGCACCAAUUCAUAGCUUCCGCCCAAAGUCCAGCUUGUCAAGCCAUUCGACCCACGUCGUCUCCGUGACGGCACCGCAGCGGUGCUGGGCUCGGUCCCGUGACUGAGUCUCCCCCCCCCCUUCAAAGACUACG